AUUCUAGGCUGUCCUGGUUCAGGGAAAGGGACCUUGUGCAAGCUUUUGGUACAGGAUUAUGGCUACCGCCACGUCUCGGUGGGAGAUCUACUGCGAAGUUUGGUAGAUGGGAGUAGCGAACCAAAUACCGAUGUGGUGAAUCAUGUCCAACAGGGCACACUGGUGCCUACAGCAGUGCUUCUCAAUAUCUUAGAGCGUGCUAUCAUGCCAGAGACUAGGGACUCUAUCCUGGUAGAUGGCUUCCCACGAAGGUUGGAUCAAGGUAUUGCUAGCGAGGAACAGGCAAGUGAUCGAGUUCCCCUAUAUUGGAUCAGACUCUCACAUCUCCUAGUUUGGAAAACCUGA